AGGAGCAGGAGGAAGAGGAAGGGCUAGAAGCAGGUCAUUCUGAGGAAAACGAAGCAGACGAGGUGAAGCACAGGUCGAAGCCCGGUUUCGUGCCGGGUUUGGCCCCUCUUAAAAUCCCAGAUGGAGAGAAAGUGGACUUUGAUGACAUCCAUCGGAAGCGUAUGGAGAAGGACCUGACCGAGCUCCACACGCUGAUCGGCGCCCACUUUGAGAAGCGGAAGAAAGAGGAGGAGGAGCUGAUCGGCCUCACGGACCGCAUCGAGACCCGCAGGUCAGAGAGAGCAGAGCAGAUGAAGAUCAGGGCCGAGAGAGAAAAAGAACGGCAAAACAGACUAAACGAGGAGAGAGCGAGAAAAGAAGAGGAAGAGGCCAAGAAGAAAGCAGACGACGACGCCAGGAAGAAGAUGAUUCUGUCCAACUUGAGCUUCACCGGAUACAACCAGGCACAGCCCGGCGCCAAAAGACAAACGGAGCGAGAGAAGAAGAAGAAGAUCCUGAGCGAGCGACGCCAAGAGCUGGAUGUGGAUCACAUGAAAGAGGACAAACUCAGGGAAAAGGCCGAGGAACUGUGGGACCGCAUCCGCCAGCUGGAGGCCGAGAAAUUUGAACUCCAGUACAAGCAGUCGAAGCAAAAGUAUGAGAUCACAGUGCUGAGAAACCGGGUCAGUGAUCAUCAGAAAGUACCGAAGGGCAGCAGAAGCAAGCGCGGCCUGAGGAAGUAACGUGUGACGUCUGAAGGAAACACCGGAUUCUGACCGCAAAACAAUGUUUUUACACAUACUUUACGAUAAAAUAGCAAAUGCUCUUAAACAAAGUUCAUCUGCAGGAAUGUAGAAGAGAAGAUUCGACAGGGAUUUGACAAUGUGUAAGUAAUUUAAGUUCUGUCCCACCACUGAAUCUUCUACUAAAGAGAAGUUGAGACAAAUGAUUCACUUCUUGUGUUGUACGAAAUUGUGGUUGCAACAAAUUAAAAGAAAAUCUUGUUUGUUUAAUAAACCACAAAUGUUGUCCGUCUCUUUCUUCGUGGUAGUUAUUUGUUGUUUGAACACUUAAUAAAAGGUGAAGCUGUGUUUGCCAAAUCCAGACAGC